GAUUAUGUGGUUUCCAUUGUCGUUUAUUUCGUUCUUUUUCCGUUUUCUUCUGGGGUUGCGCGUCUUUCAUCAACUAGUGAACAAGACGGUGUAAGACUGAUGCUUGACGUUACCAUAUCAACUUAUAGUCGCUUUCUUGAAACUCUUCGCUAAUUGGCUUAGUUGGAGCCUGCUACUUGCUCUCUCUCUCUCUCUCUCUCUGUGACGAUUCCUUCAAAGCCGGCAUUUUUUUUCCCAGUUGUUGCAAUGUGAUUCUAUGCCUGAAACUUUCGAAGCUUGGGGAGUAUUGUCCAUAAAUCUGGCAAUUCGGAUAGCGCAUGAGCUUGGACUUUCGUGCCAUCGAUAACUAAUAUGCACCAUGGCCUCAAAAUGUGACCUUGGACAGUAAUUCUUGCUCAACCAUGUGCUUUCUUUUUUCCGUCCUUUUCAUUUGUGUGCUGAAGCUACUGUUGAUGCUGCUAAAUGUACAAAAGUUUCCAUCUCUGGGACUUUUGUGAGGGGGAGCCAGAUAGGAAAAGAGCUUGUCAAAUCUCCGUUCGGUGACGAGAUAUAAGAAUUUUACAUGAAAUUUUGUAGGUUAUAGAUUACAAACGGCACUGAGGUCCGUCAUUAAAUGCAUGACUGAAAAUGGUGAAUAGUGUCAUCUGAAUUCCUUCUAGUUGCUUGAAGAAACCUGAAGAUGUUUGACAAAAGGAAUGAAGACUUCUACAUGAACUUCUCUAGGAGAGAGCUUCAAACUUUGUGCAAAAAAUAUGGUUUGCCUGCCAAUCGGUCAAAAUCUGAUCUGGCGAAUUUGCUAGCUUCUCGCUCGCAGGAAUGCAAUUUAAGGCCAUUAUCUCAGGUGCAUCGUGACUUACAAUUAAGAUUUGCAGAAAAAGAAGGUCCAGGGGCUUCUGUCACGGGUGACUAUGGAUCAAUUUCUUUUCCUCAAGAUAAAGAUGUCAGGCAGUGGUUUCAUCAUACUGUGAGAGCCAAUCAGUUGGAAGGAUCUGUAGAGGCUCAAAGGUUUGAUGAGGGCAUAUCUGGAGACCUGCUUCCUCAACAUGCGGAGACAUCCUAUUCUCAGUUUUCUUUACAAAGUGAUAGCACUGGUUUUCAUUGUGGUGUAGUCCCGAGAAUGAUACCUUGUGAGAAAGAAGUGGGUUUGCACGGAUCUGGUGCGGCAGAGUGCAUGUCCCAAAUCCAGUUUAAAGAUAUAACGGCCGGUGCAUUUUGUGCAGCAGACGUUGUUUCUGCAUCUGUAUACUCUGCCAUGGUUCCUUCCUCUUCAUUUGAAUUUCAUGUCAGGUCAGAAGAGGGAAUUAGUCUUCAUGUGGACCUCAACUUGAGCCCAUCUGACUGGGCUGAAAAACUUAAAAACGAUGUAUGUAUAUUUGAGAGUGUCAAUUGUAUGAAUAAUCAAAGUUCUCGCGAGGAGCUUGGACAUCUUGGGGAGAAUAAUGUGAUGAAAAGUUCCCCUUCACAGACCGCAGAUAACAGCCAAAUUGCUGCUGCCCCUUCGGAUGAAGAUAAAGGAAAUAGUUUUAAGGAUUGUUUUCACCCUGAUAGAGUUGACAGUUUGUUGAUUUCUGCUGCUGAGGUGCCAAGUGUCAUGGAUGCGGAAGUUUCAAAGGGUUUAGAAGAAGUUCAGAUGCCAAUCUCAACCAAAUCUGAAUCGGUUGCACAGAGCCAGAUAGUUUCUCCGGUUGCACCCUGCGGCAUGGAUGGUCGUAGAACCAGCUUUGAUCCGAAUAUCUCUGACAACCCUGACAUAAAGUCUUGCAAUGAUUCAUUUUCACAUACAAUAUCAGAUGGAACAGUUAGUUUUAUCACAUCAGAUCAUGUUGCCAAGCAUGGUGGUGAAACUUGUGUUAAUUCAGAUCUAGAAAACAACUGUAAACCCACUAAUUUUGGUGCGACGGUUCCUGAAGGGUACAGAGUUGGUUCCACAGAGUUGCACUUGUCGAAAGCUGCAACCUUGCAAGGGCAUUCACUUUCACCUUUCAAGACUAAUGCAAUUGACUUUCUGGUUGAUUGGAAGAACAAAAGUGAAUCAGAAGGUGAAUCAGCCAACACCUUUGAGCUUAAGCGCAACAAUGACGAAAAUGUUCCAACUUGUUCUGACAUAGAGAAACUAUAUGAAUGUUGCAAUAUAUCUGAACGGCAUCCUAUCGUUCUUAAGGAGAGGAGCAGCACUGCUAGUGGGGUGGAGAGUAUUGUAUGCUGGCAAUUUGAAAAAUCUUCUGCAAGAAGUUCUUCAAGAUAUGAUGAUGUUGAUUCGGGUGAAAUGUUACAAAAGAGACUACGAGUGGAUAGCGAUGACCAAAGUGACUGUGUUGGAAUGGAUGUUAGAAUUUCGAGAUGCUCCAAACAUCCUAAUAUGGAAGUUCUCCCAAGAAGAUCUGUGCGGUUGGUGCCCAAGGAGUUAAGCACUGGGUAUCUUCAGAGAGACCAUAGGCACGUGGUUUGAAUUGUUGAGGAAGUUCCACCAGCCUACCAACAUUUUAUCCAUUUGUCAGCCUCUUCUUGAUCAGACGGAUUUCUACAUAAUUUUUUUCCAGAAUUAAAUUGCAAUGGGAGUACUGUUGUAAUUAAUAUGGAGUCAUGGAGUAGAGCAAUAGACUUUUUUUGGAUCCCAAAGAAAUCUGUGCUUUGACAUUCAACUUAGAGGAGGACCCAUCCCUUCUAUUUGGUGAUAGGCCUAAUUCCUUUUAUCAUUCCACUUCAGAACUUACCUACAGGAUAGGCGCUAACUUUAUACUUGUCUAGUUGCUUUAUCUUGCCCUUGUCUAAUUCAGUGCUCGUCCUUGUCUUUAGAUAAAACAAUGGGGCGACAACAGAGUAUACUAACCAAAUUAUGUGAAUUCUAUUGCUUGUUCUCUUUUCCUAAUCUUCUUCCAGUUAUAAUCUUUCUUCAGUUUCUUUCUAUGUAUCUGGUUGAUCAUUUGCUAUCUUGCUUCUGGAAUAGGUUCCUUACUCUCUGGUUUAGUUAGUUUUCAUUUCCAUUCUAAUUGUGGGUUCUUUUCCAUAAGUAUAUUGCUUAAA